AGAGGCAACCGGAGGAAAUUCUUGCUUCUAACCAUCCAACUCUUUGUUCUUGUCAUCAUCACCAAACACAAUUUUCGAUUCUUUCAGCACUCAGGCCAACAACGCCGACUUACUUCACCGAACGCUACAAUUCUAAUAUAUAGUCAUUCACAAUGGGUUGGUUUUGGGCAGACACGCCUGUUCCUGCGGUUCCUGUCGGACACCCAGCUACUACCGACAAGGCUCCUCCACCUGGCUGCCCUAUGCACCAAAAGUCUGCCGAUGCCAUGAACCCCGUGGCUAAGCCCAAGAAGCCUGUUGAUCUUCCUCCCACCUCAGGAUGCCCCGUUCCUCACGCCGCCCGAACCCAAGAGCAGCCCAAAUCUUUGAUCUCCCAGCUCAACCCUCUCAACUAUAUGUUCCCCGAUCUAUCGCAAAAACCUGCUCCUAAUCAAUCAUUCGCUCUCCCAACAACCCGAGAUGAGUCUACCAUCCCCAAGGGCACUGGGGAUGGCAACUGGGAGUACCCGUCUCCUCAGCAGAUGUACAACGCGCUGCUGCGCAAGGGAUAUACCGAUACCGAUAUCACCGCCGUCGAGGGCAUGGUUUCGGUACACAACUUCUUGAAUGAGGGCGCAUGGCAGGAGAUUCUUGGUUGGGAACAACGAUUUGCGCGGGGACUUUACAAGGGAUGGCAGAUCUGCAAGAGGGGCGAAGGUCACGUUCAGGAAGAGCUUGAUCGCCAAAGGGACGGUGUUGACACCGAGCCUAGUCUCGUUCGCUUCCAGGGUCGACCCAAGGAGUUGACUCCCAAGGCCACCAUGAUGCAGGUUCUGGGCUGGAUUUACCCCUCAAAGUUUGGUACCGAGCCUCCCUUUGACCGGCACGACUGGUACGUUGCGCGAGAGAUCAACGGCCAAAGGAAGGAGAUUCGAUACAUCAUCGACUAUUACUCUGGCGAGCCCGAUGCCCACGGUGACCCUGUCUUCUUCCUCGAUGUGCGUCCUGCCGCUACGCCCUUGGGUGCCGCCGAGCGUAUCAUUCGCUGGAGUACCGAUACUUGGUGGAAGGCCAUCGGCGGCGACAGGCACGAGCAGGAUCCCCAGCCUUGGUUCCGUGGCACUUCCUAAAAUGAUUUCUUUGGCGCUUGGGUCAUGAUGGAAGCAGGUGUUUUCUGAAAAGGUUCUGGCGUAAUGCAUUCUCCUCUCUAAUUGUUAUGAUUGGAUGUGUUUCUAUAAUGAUGG